AUCUUCGAUGAGAGCACUUCACUCGAGUAGUCCUUAUACUACAUGAAUCCUAGUUAGACUUCAAUACGAAUACCCGACAUAAUAUCAGUUUCAAAUCACAACUAUAUUAAUAUCUUCGAUGGAAGCGCUUCACUCGAAUAAUCCUUAUACUACGUUAAUCCUAGGUAAGAAUUCAAUGCGGAUACUCGACCUAAUAUAUAAAAAGAAAAAGAAAAAGCAUAUCUAUUUGUUAGAUUUUUUUCUUGAAAUCUAACUACCAAUUCAAAUUCAACUACACAUUGGAAUCAAGAAACUCUUCAAAAAUCCAAUGGUAGCUCUACAAUUCUUCUCUCCAUUCUCUUCAACACCUACAAAAUACCCAACUUUUCCAAAUUCCAAUUUCACCCCUUUAUCCAAAUCCCUCCAAUUCAACAACACCAAUUUCAAGAUUCUAAGUUUAAAGUGUUUGACAUGUAAAAAGACUCAAUCUUUAAGCUUUAUAUGUAAAGGGCUUAAAGAUGAAACAAAGAAAAUCUUGGAAGUUGACAGCGGCGGCGGCGGCGGCGGCGGUGGAGAUGGUGGUGGUGAAGAUGAUGAGAAGGUGGAAAAGGGAAAUGGGGUUUUGCCAGAAUGGUUAAAUGUUAGUUCAGAUGAUGCAAAAACUGUUUUUGCAGCUAUAGCUAUAUCACUUGCUUUUAGGUCAUUUGUUGCUGAGCCAAGAUUUAUACCUUCUUUGUCUAUGUAUCCUACAUUUGAUGUUGGUGAUAGAAUUGUAGCUGAAAAGGUCAGUUACUAUUUUAGAAAGCCGUGUCCCAAUGACAUAGUAAUAUUCAAAAGCCCUCCAGUUCUUCAGGAAGUAGGUUAUAGAGAUGACGAUGUAUUUAUCAAGAGGAUUGUUGCAAAGGAAGGUGAUAUUGUCGAGGUUCAUGAAGGAAAACUGAUCGUAAAUGGGGUUGCGAGGAAUGAAGAUUUUAUAAACGGGCCACCCAAUUACGAAAUGACACCAGUGCGUGUACCUGAGAAUUCAGUUUUUGUUAUGGGUGAUAAUCGGAAUAACAGCUACGAUUCUCAUGUAUGGGGAGCACUUCCUGCGAAGAACAUACUAGGUAGGUCCAUUUUUCGGUAUUGGCCUCCUUAUAGAAUUGGCGGGACAGUUCUUCCUGAAGGUUGCGCUGUCGACAAUAAGCAGGAGAGUAGUUUAACAACGCCUCAAUGACUUAGAAGUCGCGAUUUUUCCUUUUUUUUUUAAACCUUUUUGGAAUUGACAUGAAAAUGUAUUUGAAUUUUCUGUUCAUUGGCAUAGUACCAUAAUGUGUCUAGUUUGAAGCAGAGUGUAAUGUAAUGUACAAUAGCAGGCAUUUGACUUAGGGCUCUUAUUUGAGUCUAAGGUUUAUUUAUAUUGGAAACAACUUCUUUA